AGGAAAUGAGAUCAUUCCCCUCCCUUGGCAACUAGGACCAGGGGUCACACCAGACCUAUCUUCCAAUCGAGUCUCCCCGGCACUUCGGGGUUAAAAAAAAAUCAUAGCGCUUGCAAGAGAUGGUCUUUUCUGCAUGUCUUGUGAUUUUUUAAUUUUUUUUUUUAAGUUCUGCCUUUGCCCUGCACGGUAAAACUGCCCACCUCUCCCCCGUGCUCACUUCCUUCAUGCCGACUUUGCACUUCAGAAGCAAUGGGGAAAAUCAGCAGUCUUCCAACCCAAUUAUUUAAGUGCUGCUUUUGUGAUUUCUUGAAGGUGAGGGUGCACACUAUGUCCUCCUCACAUCUAUUCUACCUGGUCCUGUGCUUGCUGACCUUCACCAGUUCUGCCACAGCUGGACCAGAGACACUCUGUGGAGCUGAGCUGGUGGACGCUCUUCAGUUCGUGUGUGGAGACAGGGGUUUUUAUUUCAACAAGCCCACGGGAUAUGGCUCCAGCAGUCGAAGGGCACCACAGACAGGCAUCGUGGAUGAAUGCUGCUUCCGGAGCUGUGAUCUGAGAAGGCUGGAGAUGUACUGUGCACCACUCAAGCCUGCCAAGGCAGCCCGCUCUGUCCGUGCCCAGCGCCACACUGACAUGCCCAAGGCCCAGAAGUAUGAGCCCCCAUCUGCCAACAAGAAAAUGAAGUCUGCGAGGAGAAGGAAAGGAAGUACAUUUGAAGAACGCAAGUAGAGGCAGUACAGGAAAUAAGAACUACAGAAUGUAGGAAGAUUUUCCCAAAGAGUGAAGAAUGACAUGCCACCGGCAGGAGCCUUUGCUCUCCACAAGUUAACCACCAGAAGACCUACCAAAAAUAUAAGUCUGAUAACAUUUCAAAAGAUGGGCAUUUCCCUCCCAUCCUUUUCCCCCACCCCCAUAAAACAUGCAAGUAAACAUUCCAAAAUUGUCUUUAGAUGUGUUAAAAGCUUUGCACCUUGCAAAACAUGGUCCUGGAGUUGGUAGAUUGUUACUGGUUCUUUAUCAAUAAUGCCCUAUAGAGAAAUAUAUGCAUAUAUAUCUCAUAUAUAUGUAUAUAUUCCAUAUACAUGUAUCUUACUUAUUCCCUGCCUUUCAAGAGCCACAAAUGCAUGAGUGUUGUAGAGAUCCAGUUGCACUAAAUUUGUCUCUGAAUCUUUGCUGCUGGAGCCAUCAGUCACUCAGCAGUCUUGUAUAAGUGGUUUAUGAAUUUUUUAUUUGCAUUUCUUUCAACACAACACAGGCUGUUUUACAAUGUCUGAUCCUCUUGCUAGUCUUCCCCCACCUCCCCUUCAUCACUUCAAUGCUGCCAAUUUGGCUGCCUCAAUAGCAGCAGCAACACGCAGUUUAGCAGCACACUCAUUUUUAACCCACAAAUCUCCAUCAAGGGCAUUUGUACCAAAAUAUAAGUUGGAUACAUUCAUUUUAGACAUAAAUCUUUACUUUUCCAAGUCUUGCUAAAACAAGCCAUGCAAGCCAUUGCAACUUUGAGUCCAAUCAUUUUAGGCAUGUGUUUAAAAACAUAGAAAGUCUCAAACUCUCAAAGUUUCCUUCAAAUGAUGUGCUUUUGUGCAACCUGAUUAGUAACUUCUCUCUUUUUACUUUUUUCCAUAUAGAGCACUAUGUAAAUUUAGCAUAUCAAUAAUACAGGAUAUAUCAAACAGUAUGUAAAACUUCGUUUGUUUGUUUUUUAGUAUAAUGGUGCUAUUUUGUAGUUUGUUAUAUGAAAGAGUCUGGCCAAAACGGUAAAAGGUGAAAGCAAAACAAAAGGAGAAUCCUGGAGCCAAAGAUGUCACACAGGGGAAGGGACAUGAAAAACCAUUCACUUGGGAAAGAAAAGCAAAUGCCCCCCAAUUAUGCCUUCCAAGGGAGGAAUAUAAGACACAAAGCCCAUAGAGGUAAAUUUGAUUGGUGAGUCCCUAGAGAAGCAGGAAAGGCAAAAGGCUAGGAAUUUUAACAGCCCUGGUUUCUUUCUUUCUGAAGAAAACUGGCACCUGCUAGCUCUCCCAGGGACUCUACUGUGUCACCUCAGGCAAGUUGCUUCACCUCUCUGUGCCUCUGUUUCCUCUUAAGUGAAAUUGGGGCAAUAUUUCAUAUACCUACCUCACCAGGUGGUGUGAGGAUCGAAGAGACACAGUUCCAGAUUUUCAUCUUGGGUUGCUAUUGAGAGUACAAGGUCAAAGUCCUUGAGUUGCUGGGGUAAUCGGAAUUCUAGAGAUAGCUCAUUCACUGCAAAGCUAAGGGUAGGAUUAGUAAAACACUCCUGGCAUGCCAAAUUCAUCAAUGCAGGUAAUUCAACUAACUGUCCAACUAACUUGUUAAAAGCAUACAGCUCAAACCUCAUAAAACACUUCUCAGAAUCAGCUGGAAACAAUGUGGGUGACACUUUGAUGUUGAAUUCUACAUUUGACUUAGAGAGGACAAACAAAAAGGAGAUAAAUUUAUUCCCACCAGCAGAAGCAGGACUUAUAAUUACUCCUCUUACUGGUCCCGACUCUUCCAGGCAGUUCCUGGUAAUAUAGGAACACUUCUUUUAAAAGUAUAAAUUAUAUGUUAUAUAUUUUUAAAUACAGUUAUUCCUUCUUUGUAGGCAAGUCUUUAAAAAUAAAAAAAACACCUAAGAUUUCAAAGAAACAUGCUUUUGUUAAUACAUUUUGUUUAUUCUUGGCUGUAUAUGCUUAUAUAUAAAUGUUUUGUUAAAAUAUACUUCACUAUGCUCUUUAGUUGAGAGACAAAAUCUAUCUUUACAACUAGAAUGUUUCCCUCAUUUCUGCCUACAAGGGUCCCUGCCCACUGUGGAUGUGUCCAUCCACUUAGCUAAAAAAUUGGUAACAAGAAAACUCAGUAGUGAAGAUAGGUCCAUGGUGCUCAGCACCCCCCUCCCCCUCUCCAGUUUCUCCUAACUCCAGGUAGAGUUUUUCUUAUUAGAAUAAUGAAUAGCCUACAGUUCAAAUCACUUCAUCGGCCUUCCUUCCAUCUUUUAGAUAAAAAAACAAUCCCUAGGCAGGCUUGAUUAAUUUACUCGUACUAUUUCAAACCCCCCAGCCUUGGCCCCCCCCCCACUUUUUUUUUUAAGUGCAGAUGGAAAAAUAGAGGUCAGAGAAACAAAACAAGCAAUAAAAGAAACUUCCUGGAUCUCUUAACACAUGCAAAAAGAAGGCGCCUUAUUUUGAGGAGAGGGGCUAGUGUCAGCCCUGCUCAAUCAGCAGGCAUUUGAGCCCUUUCAUCGAACACCUUCAAGCACACUUAAUCGUUUUUGUCCUUCACCUGUUUUCCAAACACAUUUGCUUUGUGGGAGAUAACAGGCUCCUUUUCCCAAAAUGACACUUUUGAUAUCUCUAGUUCUUUAAAAUCACUGAUUCCCAGCAACAUUUUAUAGGCAAUCUUCUACAAACUUAUAGGUUUCCAGACAAAAUUGGGUAUGGUAAUUCUAAGAAUGUCUAUGGGUUUCUAAGCACUUAGUAAUUCUAGUUAUAGCCCCCAAAAUGCCCAGGAUAAAGCUUAAUUAUGUAAAGCUAUAUUGUCAUUCUUAAUUUUUUCAACACACAAUCUUCUCCCAAUAGGUCAUAAAUCAAUUAAAAUUAACCUAAUUAUAUGCUGAUCUAGUGUCUUAUUUUAAAUACAUUCAGACCAGAAGACAAAUUGUUGUGAACUCCAAAAUUCAGUUGAUUGUUCUGUUACUGGAACAGAAUGGCCCAAGAGCAGCUACAUACACAAAUAAAAAUUUCACAACCCAAAAUUUUACAGGCUUUGCUUUAGAAUUAUAUUGCUUUUGAAUUUUAAAAGGAGGCAAUUUCAGGACAAUAUGGAAGAGCUAUAAAUGUUGGGGAAACUAAAAUUUCAAUUAUAUUGAGUAUAUUGGUGGUAUAGCGGUGAGCAUGGCUGCUUUCUACCUUCCAGUUUGAUUGACCAUACUAAGUACCUAGGUCAAAUGUGUAUUCCCAUUUUCCGCAAAUAAAAGAAUUGUCUGAACAUUUUAAAAUGAGGAGACCCCACUAAAAAUGUUAAAUGUUAACAUAUCUUUCUAUCAGAAUCCACUCUUUAAAAAAUUAAAAAUAAAUAUUCCAACAGCCUAUAUACACAUGCACUAAGAGUCCAACAGACACUACUAAGAGGAAAUCACUUCCUUGAAAAAUCUUUUUUUCCCUAGUUUUUUUUUUUUUUUUUCAAAUAUGGUCUCCCUUGAGAAUCCCUCUCCCUCCUUGAAAUGUCAAUGUCUGUGUAAAUGAAAUUAUCUCAUGCAUUGUGGCUCCAGGGUUUCUGUUACUGGUUUAUGCACUUGGAGAAUGCUUAAAAUGAAAGAUGUAGCACAUUUUGCUUUCUCAUUUAUUGUUUGGCCAGCUAUGCCAACAUGGUGCUAUCGUUUCUUUAAGAAAGUACUUGACUAAAAAAAAAAAGAAAAAGAAAAAAAAAGAAAAAAGGAAAAAAGGGAAAAAAAAGAAAGCAUAGACAUAUUUUUUUAAAGUAUGAAAACAAUUCUAUAGAUAGAUGGCAUAAUAAAAUGGCAUUAGGUCUAGCCACCACCACCUUUCAACUUUUUAUCACUCACAAAUAGUGUACUGUUCACCAAAUUGUGAGUUUGGGGCUGUAUGGGGCAGAAGAUGAACAUCUUUCAAAAAGUAGAAGGCUCCAUUAUUUUCUUGGCUCUCAAACUCAGCAAAAUUAGUUGAUCUAGUUAGAAAACCUUGAUCAAAAAUGUAGACUAGAAUUUAUAGACAAAUGGCAGAACUAAAAAAAAAAGUUACUUAUGAAUUUUUGUGCUUCCUGCUCUAAGACGGAUAAUAUUCAGCAAGUGGAGAUAAUAAAAACAAAGAAAAAAAUACUUAGGUUCACCUGCUAAAAACAGCUUCUGCCACAACCCCCCCCCAAUAAUUCUUUGACGUUUACUGGUUUAAAGAAGAUAUUCUCUCUUCAUUUAAACAUCUCAAAGAACAGUAGUGCUCACAAAAGCUAUUGUUGAUUUCAUUAUGGGAAUGCUAGAAAGUAUUGCCUUAUGAAAUUGGAAUUAUCUAAUGAUAAGGAAAGAGAAGAAUUAUGAAAAAUUGUUGAAAGAGAUGGCUAACAAUCUGUGAAGAAUUUUUUGUCUGGUUUUUUUUUUUUGGUGUUUUUUUUUUUUCUUUACUUUAUACAGUCUUUAAGAAUAUUUUACUAUUCGAAAAAUGGCUUGGAUUUUCAUCUUUUUUUUAAACAAUGGAAUGAGGGAUGAUAAGUUAAAUCCACAUAGGCUCUGUAGAACUAUAGGCUACAUAGAAAUGUUUGCUUAACUUGUUGAAGAUAUAAUCAGGCUAUUUAAAAUGAUUUUUCUAUUUUUCAUCUUGAAAAUUGUGCUAAUUUAUUAGAGAUAGAUCCUGUUUGGAGUCUCUUUAAAAGAAAGAGCAUACCCACUGAAACCACAGGGUUUUCCCAAUAGUGUUUUCAAAAGACAAAUCUUAUCUAUGUAUCAUUAUGGCAUCAUUGAUUUAAAAUUUUGUUAUACCCCUUUCCAGCAAAGAUAAGAAAGCCAGAAUCUGAGAGGGUAAAAGCAAUAGGGAAUUUUUAUUGAUUCUUUGUUUUUUGGUUUGCUUGGUUUUUUUUUUUUUAUUCUUACUAGUGUUUAAUCUUAUAGUACAUAUUUGCUUAUAGCUAUUUCAAUAUUCUGAAAGACCUUUCUGUUAGAUAUUAGAACCUGAUACAUAGAUAUCUUUUUUUGUGUGUAAUUUCUAUUUAAAAUAAAGGAGAUGAGAAGACUAAAGCUUUAAGUGCGUAUGGUACAGGAUAAAAUAUUACAAUUUAAAUAACCAAGUCCUAUUGAACUAAUAAAUUUUAAAGAAACCUCUCUUAGGUAAUGCAAACAGUCCUGGGGAUUUUCUGAAAUGGUGUUUAUCCUUUCCAGUCCUUACUCAUUCAAAUCUGCCUCAAAUUUUCAGAUAGGGCAGACCAAGAUGAGACCCUGGAAUUAAAGAAACUUCUUUAUAGAAAGAGGCCUUUCAUAUGUUCCCUCUCAGUUUAUGAUUAUAUAUUAAUCUUAAACAUUGUCCCACUUAACUGCUGCUGGAUAACUUGUCACUUUCAAAAUGACCUGUCAUACUCCUACUGAGGAAUUGCCCAGAUCUAUUGUAUCCCCAAAGUAAAUAUUACUUUCUUGAAACCCAAAUUUACAGAUAUAAAAGGUAGGAGAAAUGAAAUUACAUCUCUAAAAUCCCUUCCUAGCCACCCACUGACCCCAUUCACAGUCCCAGAACAAAGUCACUUCCAUUAAUCCCUUAAUCUGAUUGUGUUUGGAUAUUUAUCUUGUACCUGCUGCUAAACACACUGCAGGAGGGACUCUGAAACCUCAAGCUGUCUACUCACAUCUCUUAUCUGUGUCUAUCAUUAAAAUGUCUGUUCAAAAUAUCAGAAACUUAAUGUAGCUUGCAUUCAGUUUACAUAAAGGCCCCAAAGACCAUGUCAGAUCUCUUUAUGCUGAGAGAGUUAAUGAACUAUGAUAACAGGGAUUACAUCAUGUGGUUUGCUUCACUUGUUUUUAUCACACUUACCAACCCAGUGUGUUAAAUAAACAUCAAGACACUGAACUAAUUUUCCCUGCUACUUUGAAGUCAGAAAACAAUGACUGGUCAUUCAUUAUAUCUUAGUUUAAAAGCCUAGUUUUUCUUUAUUAAAUUAACUUUGAUUGUAUUUGAAAUUAUUAUUGAAUUCAUUUAUGGCAGAAGAAUAUCAAACCUAAUGACUUCUAAAAAUGUAACUAACUGAAUCAUUAUCUUACAUUUACUGUUUAAUAAGCAUAUUUUGAAAAUGUAUGGCUAGAGCAUCAUAAUAAAAUUAUAUAUCUUUCUUUAGUAAUUACAUUAAAAUUAAUCACGUUUGA